CGGGGCUGGGCCGCUGAAGCAGGGACUAUGGUGCCGCUGCUGCGAGCAGGGGAGACCUGGCUCUGCGGGGCGGCCGGGCGCUGGGGAGAGGUCCACGCCGCCCACCCUCCCAUCGACCUGCUCCUGUGUCCGCCCCGAGCCCCCACGGCCCUCGCUUCUGAGCAGGCCGCACACGUCGCUUGGAAGGCCAGCGCGAGGCCGUUCGGGCUCCGGGGCUCAGACGUGCAUAUUUAUUCCUCACGGACAAAAGCUGACCGCCUUGGCGAGGGAACCUUGCUCAAGGCUUUUACUGCAGAGAACCUCAGAGCCGGUCACUGUCAACAAAGAAUGUACACGUUGGCCUCCUCUGGUGUGUGCCGUUGACUCAGGGGUGCCUGGACAGAAUGGGGGACACCAGAGACCUCUGCCCUCACCUGGACUCCAUAGGGGAGGUGACCAAAGAGGAUUUGCUGCUGAAAUCUAAGGGAACCUGCCAGUCGUGUGGUGUUGCUGGACCUAACCUAUGGGCUUGCCUUCAGGUCACCUGCCCCUACGUUGGCUGUGGAGAGUCUUUCGCUGACCAUAGCAGCACUCAUGCACAGGUGAAAAAGCACAACCUGACUGUGAACCUGACCACAUUCCGGGUGUGGUGCUACGCCUGUGAGCAGGAAGUCUUUCUGGAACAGCGCCUGGCAGUCCACCUGCCCAGCGCCUCGGCCAAGCUCUCAGAGCAGGACUCCCCUCCCUCCCACCCUCUGAAAGCCGUCCCUAUCGCUGUGGCUGAUGAAGGAGAGUCUGAGUCUGAGGAUGAUGACCUGAAGCCUCGAGGCCUCACAGGCAUGAAGAACCUGGGGAACUCCUGUUACAUGAAUGCUGCCCUCCAGGCCUUGUCCAAUUGCCCCCCACUCACCCAGUUCUUCCUGGAGUGCGGUGGCCUGGUGCGCACAGACAAGAAACCAGCCUUGUGCAAAAGUUACCAGAAGUUGAUCUCUGAGGUCUGGCACAAGAAACGGCCAAGCUAUGUGGUCCCCACCAGCCUGUCCCACGGGAUCAAGUUGGUCAACCCAAUGUUCAGGGGCUAUGCCCAGCAGGAUACCCAGGAGUUUCUACGCUGCCUGAUGGACCAGCUUCAUGAGGAGCUCAAGGAGCCCAUGGUAGCCAGUAUGGCAGCACUCACAGAUGCUCGGGACUCAGAUUCCAGUGACACAGACGAGAGGCGUGAUGGCGACCGGAGCCCAUCAGAAGACGAGUUUCUGUCCUGUGACUCAAGCAGUGACAGGGGUGAGGGUGAUGGGCAGGGGCGUGGUGGAGGCAGCUCGAAGGCUGAGAUGGAGCUGCUGAUCUCAGAUGAGGCGGGCCGAGCCAUCUCUGAGAAGGAGCGGAUGAAGGACCGCAAGUUCUCCUGGGGCCAGCAGCGCACCAACUCAGAGCAGGUGGAUGAGGACGCCGAUGUGGACACGGCCAUGGCCUCCCUUGAUGACCAACCCAGUGAGGCCCAGCCACCAACACCAAGGUCCACCAGCCCUAGCCGGACUCCAGAACCAGACAAUGAAGCCCACAUACGCAGCUCCUCUCGCCCCUGCAGUCCAGUCCACCACCACGAGGGCCACACCAAGCUGUCCAGCAGCCCUCCUCGUGCAAGCCCCGUGAGGAUGGGGCCAUCGUACGUGCUCAAGAAAGCCCAGGUGCCGAGCACUGGUGGCCGGAGGCGGAAGGAGCAGAGCUACCGCAGUGUCAUCUCAGACGUCUUCAAUGGCUCUGUCCUCAGCCUGGUGCAGUGUCUCACCUGUGACCGGGUAUCAACCACAGUGGAAACAUUCCAGGACCUGUCAUUGCCCAUCCCUGGCAAGGAGGACCUAGCUAAACUCCAUUCUGCCAUCUACCAGAAUGUACCAGCCAAGCCGGGUGCCUGCGGGGACAGCUACUCCACCCAGGGCUGGCUGGCCUUCAUUGUGGAGUACAUCCGACGGUUCGUGGUAUCCUGUACCCCCAGCUGGUUUUGGGGGCCUGUCGUCACUCUGGAAGACUGCCUGGCUGCUUUCUUUGCCGCUGAUGAGCUGAAGGGUGACAACAUGUACAGCUGUGAGCGGUGUAAAAAGCUUCGGAAUGGCGUGAAGUACUGUAAAGUCCUGUGUCUGCCUGAGAUUCUGUGUGUCCACCUGAAGCGCUUCCGGCAUGAGGUGAUGUACUCCUUCAAAGUCAGCAGCCACGUCUCCUUCCCCCUCGAGGGACUUGACCUACGCCCUUUUCUGGCCAAGGAGUGCACCUCCCAGGUCACCACCUAUGACCUCCUCUCUGUCAUUUGUCACCAUGGCACGGCAGGCAGUGGGCACUACAUUGCCUACUGUCAGAACGUGAUCAACGGGCAGUGGUAUGAGUUUGAUGACCAGUAUGUCACCGAGGUCCAUGAGACAGUGGUGCAGAACGUGGAGGCCUACGUGCUCUUCUACAGGAAGAGCAGUGAGGAGGCAGUGCGUGAGCGGCAGCAGGUAGUGUCCCUGGCUGCCAUGCAGGAGCCCAGCCUGCUCCGCUUCUACGUGUCCCGAGAAUGGCUCAACAAGUUCAACACCUUUGCGGAGCCAGGACCCAUUACCAACAACACCUUCCUGUGUUCCCAUGGAGGUAUCCCGCCCAACAAAUACCACUACAUUGACGAUCUGGUGGUCAUCCUGCCGCAGAGCGUCUGGGAGCACCUGUAUAGCAGGUUUGGGGGCGGCCCUGCUGUGAACCAUCUGUAUGUGUGCUCCAUCUGCCAGGUGGAGAUUGAGGCCCUGGCCAAGCGCAGGAGGGUGGAGAUUGACACUUUCAUCAAGCUGAACAAGGCGUUCCAAGCCGAGGAGUCCCCUGGAGUCAUCUACUGUGUCAGCAUGCACUGGUUCCGAGAGUGGGAGGCUUUUGUCAAGGGGAAGGACAGUGAGCCUCCUGGGCCCAUCGACAACAGCAGGAUCGCACAGAUCAAAGGCAGUGGCCAUAUCCAGCUGAAGCAGGGGGCUGACUACGGGCAGAUUUCUGAGGAGACCUGGACCUAUCUGAACAGCCUAUAUGGGGGUGGCCCUGAGAUCGCCAUCCGGCAGAGUGUGGCUCAGCUCCCGGACCCAGAGAGCUUGCAUGGAGAGCAGAAAAUUGAGGCUGAGACCCGGGCUGUGUGACUUGGGCCAGGCUGAGUGGCUGUGGCUGGCUCUCCUCCCUCUCCAGACAGCCCUGCAUCCCUCUGAAGGCUGCGUCCUGCCGAGUGCCCACAGUCCCUGAAGGCUGGUAUUCGCUGUUCCCCAGAGGGUGUGUCUGUGCCCUGCAGCUGAGCUGCUGAGUGCCUGGUACAGAGGCUGAGAGCGGCUGGUCCGCCCUGAGGGAUGCUGUGCUGGGAAAUAUAUCCUGUCAGGCUUCUUAGGACUCUGACUGUUACCGACGUGUCCCCCAAACUUGCCCUUUUGCUAACGUGGGUCUAGCUUUUGUUUCAGGAGCCCCAUGCUGCCCCUCAGCCAAUGCUGACCCCUGGGAUGGGCCCCUGGCAGUGGCUGCCACCUUUUGGGUAUUUUCUGCUGUGUACUUGGCUCAGUCUCUGGGGCACUCACAGAUGUAGGUGUCCAUGCACAGGGCAGAAUGGACGUGAGGGCUCUGCGUGUCGGCCCGCAGCCCCUCAUAUCAUGGUGGGGGCCCAGGCUGCCCUGUGUUUGUUCUGUUGACCAUAGAUACAGGACUCCUGUGGCUGGAACAAAGAAGGAGCAGUUUUUGCUUAUAGAGGGUAGGGGUCCUGCUGAGCCUGCUGGCAGGUAGGCUGUCAUUUGCCCUGUGGAGUUGCUCCUAAGCCCCUGGGGGUGGGGUGAAGCAGGUACCUCAUGCACCGGCACGCUGAUGCUUGCUCAGCUUUCUGUGUGGCCUAGAGCGAGCCUGCCCCCUGCUCCACCCCCAGCCUUGGUGUCUGCAGCCACCUGUGGGGAGAUGUGACCCAUGGCCACUCACACAGCCAUGUGUCUAGAGUGUCUUGCAAAGCCACUGCAGAGGUACUGGAGGCCUGCUAAGCCUAGAGAGACGGUCCUGUUUCCAGAUCCUGGAGAGCAGAACAUCUAGGGCAAGGUGUCCAAAGCUAAGUCUGGUGUGGUGAGGGGCCGGAAUUUGGGGCCAGGAGCCUCUUCAGAAGUGGGCACCAGCAGCCCAGGGCCAAACACCUGGGUGUUUCGUGUCCCCUAGACCUCCUCCUUCCCACUGAGGUGGGGUCGUGCGGACCUUGGGUAGCUGCUGCUGGGACACACCCUGUUGGCCGCCUUUUGAAGUCUGCUGUAGAGCCCUUGGCUCAUUGCACUACUGUGACGCAGUCUGGUUCGUGUUCAGAAUGUCACAAUAAAUAUGCGUUCCUCCCUUG